AUGGUCGAUCUCGAAAAAGGUCGCUCGAGAUGGCGAACAGCCUACUACGCAUCGUACGCACCCAACAUGGAUCCUUCUCUGGCCACGGAUGCUACAGCUGCGAUCAAGGACCAGCGUAUCCAUGUCGAGCCACAACCACCAACACCACAGCAUCAACAGCUGAGUAACACAAACUCGACCAACUCGCCUGAAGCCUCGUCCACACAGGUGAGCUCGCCCCUGACACCGACUCGCUCGCAACGGAUGCGAUCCGAGUUGCGACGUAUCACCAUGCAUUUCACUCCUAGCUGGUUCAGCGUCAACAUGGGGACGGGUAUCAGCGCCAUUUUGCUACACCAGCUGCCAUACCAGUUCAACGGGCUGGGCAUCAUUUCAAACGUUAUCUUUGGCUUUAAUGUGCUGCUCUUCCUGCUGUUUCUCGCGAUCAGUGUGGCGAGGUACCUCAUCUGGCCGCAGCUAUUUUGGAUCAUGCUUUUCCACCCAACGCAAUCGCUGUUCUUGGGCACGUUCGCCAUGGGCAUGACGACCAUCAUCACCAUGUGCGCCAUCUCUCUGGCGCCAGCUUGGGGCCAAGGCUUCGUCUACUUUACCUGGGCAUUCUGGUGGUUUAACGCAGCCCUUUCGCUCGCCAUCUGCAUCGGACUGCCAUUCAUCCAAUUCACGCGGCACGUUCAAUCGCUCGACAGGAUCACUGCCGUAUGGUUUUUGCCCGUCGUUACCACCAUUGUGUGCUCGGCUACCGGUGGACUAGUCGCCGAUUUGCUCCCCGCAGCACACGCCAAGCUGACACUGAUCGUCUGCUGGGUGUUGUGGGGUACGGGCUUCGGCAUGGCAUUUCUGCUCAUGUCGCUUUACUACGGCCGCCAAGCCAUCCACAAGAUUCCACCGGCACAGCUGAUCGUCAGCACGUUUUUGCCGCUCGGCCCGUGUGGACAAGGCGCAUUCGCGCUGCUCCAGUUCGCAUCCGUGCUGUACAAGCUUUCGCUCUCCGACGGCGUCGCUCUGCCCAGCCCGGACGUUACCAGCGCCGAAACCGCGCGCAUUAUGGCCACUGCCAUCUAUGCCGUCUCGGUCCCCGUCGCGCUAGUCAUCUGGGGGCUCGGACUGGUAUGGCUCCUCCUCGCCGUAUCGAGUUUGGUCGAUCUGUGGCUGGUGUCUGAGCUCACGUUCAACCUGGGUUGGUGGGGGUUCACCUUCCCCUUGGGCGUGUUUGCGACGGCAGCAAUCAAGUUUGGUAGCGUGCUGGAUUCAGGUGCAUUCCGGGUGCUGGGCACCGUGUUGGCGCUGAUCGAGGUGAUGCUCUGGAUGUUUAUCUUUAGUAUGACGAUGAAGAAGGCGCUCAGAGGGGACAUCUUUUUCUCGCCCUGCUUGGCCGAGAUGUGCGACGAACAGGGGGAGCCGCCGAAGUAUGUGCCUCCGGCGAGGAAGUAUACGUUUGAGCCAAGGCCAAUCGCGGUUGGUUCGUUUGGCGGCGGGGAAGAGCAAGAUGGUGGGGACGGUGAGGACGGGGAAGACGGGGAGGAAGGGUGGAGGAGUCGGAGCAGAAUGAGGACGGGGAGGAUGGGGAGGGCCGAGGCGUCGGUGACGAGGGUCGCGAAGAAGUUGAUUGGCGUCACGCCGUCCAGGUCGCCUUUCAGGCAGGAGAGGACCAGGGAGAGGAGUUCUCAGCGAUCGCCAUGA